GGCGGGGCGGGGCGAGGGAGGGCGGGCGGCGGGCGGUGACCAUGGAAACCGAGCACACGCGGAGCGCCGCCCUCCUUCCCGCCGGGCCGCCGUUGCCGCCAUGAUGCUGCUGGGCCGCGGGCUGGACGCCAGGGACAAUCAGACUAGACAAAUACAAGAUGCUGUUUCAAAUGUGGAAAAACAUUUUGGUGAAUUGUGCCAAAUAUUUGCUGGAUACGUACGUAAAACUGCCAGACUACGAGACAAAGCAGAUCUUCUAGUAAAUGAAAUAUAUGCAUAUGCAGCCACAGAGACACCAAACUUAAAAGUUGGACUGAAAAACUUUGCAGAUGAAUUUUCCAGACUUCAGGAUUAUCGCCAGGCAGAGGUUGACAGGCUUGAAGCCAAGGUUGUUGAACCUCUGAAAGGUUAUGGGACCAUAGUGAAACUUAAAAGGGAUGAUCUUAAAGCAACUUUAACAGCAAAGAACCGAGAAGCCAAGCAAUUAUCUCAACUGGAAAAGACACGUCAGCGGAAUCCAUCAGAUCGACACAUUAUUUCACAGGCUGAAAGUGAAUUGCAGAGAGCUUCACUGGAUGCAACUCGAACAACUCGGCAAUUAGAGGAAACCAUUGAUAAUUUUGAGAAACAGAAAAUAAAGGAUAUAAAAAACAUAUUUUCUGAAUUUAUAACUAUUGAAAUGUUAUUCCAUGGGAAAGCUUUAGAGAUAUAUACUGCUGCCUACCAAAAUAUCCAAAACAUUGAUGAAAACGAAGAUUUAGAGGUUUUUCGGAGCUCACUCUACCCACCAGACUAUCAAUCUCGCUUAGACAUAGUUCGUGCAAAUUCAAAGUCUCCCCUGCAAAGAACUGGCUCCUUAAAAUCUUCAUUGAGGACAGUACAGAUUUCCAGCAAUAAGCUAAGAAAAGCUGAAGAAGAAGAAGAGGAGGAGGAAGAUGAAGAUGAAGAGGAGGAGGAGGAGGAGGAAGAGGAGGAAUUAGAUGCUACUAAGGAAGUGAGAUAACAAAACUGUUCUAAAAGUCUGGUUUUGGUUGGUUUGUUUGUUUUUUUGAUUGGGGAAAAAAUUCCUUUUAUGUAAAGGCUUUUGUGUGUUAAUCAAAAACUUCACUCAGGCUGUAUUUUUAAAAUUCCAACAGGAGCAAGAAUUGGCACUAAUAAGAGUUCUAGACAACAAAUGACCAGUUUCAAAGAAUGGAACAAAAUCUGCUGAAAACAGACCAUUUCAGUAGCUAGAAAAUGAAAUAUUUAAAUAGAAUCCUGUAUUAUAUUUGCAUAGAUGUUAUACUGCAGUCACAUUUGCUUAAACUUACAUGAUGAAGUGUCCAAAAACUGCACUAAGCUGACAAGCAGUUAUGAACAUAAGGGUUUGCUUGUUACUUUGCCAAUAUAUUACCUUAUUCUCUAGCCACACACCUCUUGGAUUUAGUAAGUCCCCUUAGCGAUACCUGUCAUAAUUGGUUUUAUAUAUACUAAAGUAACUGUAGUACUCAAGAAACUGAUUACAGCAACAAUCCUGUUACAUUUCAUUUGGAUUCCCACCUUGGAUGGCAGAAGGCAGGGUGAGGUGUAUUGUUUUCUCAUUCUCGUUUUCCUCAGGCUUGACUAAGAUGACUUCUGAUUCCUUUACACAUACAGAAAGAACAUUCACAAAUAAGGUCUUAGCCCAGUAUCUACUUUUAAUGCUGCUCUGCUUUUAAAUAAAAGUGCCUUCAUAAUAAAACUAGUUGACAUUUAUUAUAUUAGCUGACAUGCUAUAUAUAGUUCAAGUUUCAUGUGUUUAACUGGUUGAUUCCAUUACCGAUCCAUCAAACAUACUAUAUCGAUCAUGUUUGGAGAUGGUCGUUAUGCAUGUUCAUUUUUGAAUAGCAUACAGUUGUCUGCCAGAAAGCUGCUACCAUACUGUUUAUCUCCAGCUUUAGUAUCUGCUAAAGAAAGAUAAAUCUAGAAUUUAAACCUGUAACUGGGAAUACAAUAUUAAGUUAUAAACAUUCUUUCAGUUACGGAAGUAAACCAGGAAGUGCAUUUUUAAUAUUGAUGCUGCCUAUGUUCACUGAUGCAAAGUAUGCAGUGCAUACUUGUUCUGACAGGUGAAAAAAUAGGUUUUGCCAAAACUUAAUGUGAUGAAAAUGUAAGUGAAAAUGUCACAAUAGAGGGUUCUGUUUUAAACCUAGAAAAUAGUUUUAUACCAGAAUUACAUACUAUUGACAUUGAACUAGUUGACAAGGAGUAGAAUCCUAAUGAUCAAAACUUAAAAAGUAUCUAGGUAACUAAUUCCCAUCUAUUUCAGCAAGUAAGGCACUUCAAUAAAUAUUUGUAUCACAACAUCAGAAUGAUGAUGAUCACUACUUUACCAUUUCAUAUUCAUUGAAGUCAUGUAGUCCAUCUCCAAACCAGAUGGUUAACUUCAUGACUGUACCAGGUCGUAUAUAAUACACAUAUAUGCAAACAGCGAUCAUUUCUGUACUAUGCCAUGAAAAAGGAAUUCUGAAUAAAAAAGGAAGCAGUGUUUACAUUAAUUACCACUAAAAGAUUAGUGGCUAGGGUACAGAAAAAGGGGGUUUUUUUUCUUAGCAGAUUCGUAUUCCUUCUCCUCCCCUACCUCACAAAAGCUGACUUUAAAAAUUACAGAAAAACUUACAGAAAGGGUGAAAUAUGGUGUUGGGCAACUUUGUCCUGCAUAUAUGAUGUCUUAAGUUUGCACUUUGGACAGAAAUUGUGUGACCUUGAAACUACAGAUGAAAAAGUCACUAAUUACAGUAUUUUAAAGCCAGAAGAAAAAUUUAGAAUGUAAUUACAGAAUUAAGUAUCACCUAAAGAUACUUUUGCAAAGAUUUUUCUCAUGGUGUAAGUGCUUACUGGAAGACUGACAAUACUCCAUUUUCUCAUAUACACUUUUGACUACUGACACCUAGAUGAUGCAGGCUUGUAUCCAUUCUUGAUAAGAGUAUUUUGCCACUCUGUUGAACAUGCUGGCCCAUCAGCCUCACCUCUGUGCCUGGCAAGAUCAUGGAGCAAAUCCUCCUGGAAAUGAUGCUCAGGCACAUGGAAAAAUGAGGAGGUGAUUGGUGACAGUCAGCAUGGCUUCACUGAGGGCAAAUCAUGCCUGACAAAUUUGGUGGCUUUCUAUGAUGGGGUUACAGCGUUGGUGGAUUAGGGAGGAGCAACUGACAUCAUCUACUUGGGCUUGUGCAAAGCAUUUGACACUGUCCUGCAUGACAUCCUUGUCUCUAAAUUGGAGAGACAAGGAUUUGACAGAUGGACCACUCAGUGGAUAAGGAAUUGGCUGGACGGUUGUACUCAGAGAGUUGCAGUCAACGGCUCAAUGUCUAAGUGGAGACCAGUGACAAGUGGCGCUCCUCAGAUCCCUCAGUACUGGGACCAGCACUGUUUAACAUCUUUGUCAGUGACAUGGACAGUGGAAUCAAGUGCACCCUCAGCAAGCUGCCCAUGACACCAAGUGUGUGGUGUGGUCAACAGAGGGACCUUGACAGGGAGGUGGGCCCAUGCGAACCUCAUGAAGUUCAACAAGGCCAAGUGCAAGGUUCUGCACAUGGGUCAGGGCAAUCCCAAGCACAACUACAGACUGGGUGGAGAAUGGAUUGAGAGCAGCCCUGAAGAGAAGGACUUGGGGGUGUUGGUGGAUGAGAAGCUCAGCAUGAGCCAACCAUGUGUGCUUGCACCCCAAAAAGCCAACCAUAUCCUGGGCUGCAUCAAAAGAUACAUGACCAGCAGGGGGCUCAGAACUAGAUGAUCUUUAAGGUCCCUUCCAACCCAAACCAUUCCAUGAUUUUGUGAUCCCUUUGGGACUAAGGAUUAUCUUCUUGUACUCAUCAGAUUGUCAUAUGUUGUGGCUUUCCUAUAUGCCUCAAGCUGCUUCUGUACAUGAUCACUAUUACCAGUUUUUGAUGACAGAAACUUCUCCUUUAAAUCAUAAUUUUUGGACAAUGGUAGCAAAAGCAACUUCAGAGUAAGCGUAACUAAGGAAACUAGCUAUAUUUUAUAUCAACACCACAAACUGCAGCAUUUCAUUUGUUUUUCUUUUACUAUAUGGAUGGCACUCUAAAAGGAUGAGCAGUAAUUCAAGCCAAGUAAUUACAGACUGUCUCUGAUUUGUCCUUUAUACUGAAAGUACAGUGCCUCUAAACCAUUAAACAUCUGAAGUUAUAAAACCCCAUUAUCGGGAAAUGCCGUCACCACAGCAUGCACCUGUACUGCCUAUUCAGUAUAACCCCUAUAUAUACACACAUACAAAUCCAGGGGCAGGGUGGAAACAAUGGACCCAAAACCAACCAAAACAUACUAGCAAGAUGACAGCUAUAAACUGAGAAUCAACUGUUCUGUAAACUUUAUUACUGAACUGUUGGACUUGCAGGACUUGCAUCGCUUCCCCUUUUCCCUAAGCUUCAGAUCAUCUGUGCAUACUUUGAAGAACAGCUUUUGUCUUUAUAGACCUUUAAAAAAAACCCACUUUUUUGGCCUAUCAAUCAGACAUUUCAGAUUAACCAUACAGUCAUAAACUGUAAUCUGGCUUUAAAGACAAAUUAGCCACAGGGCAAACAAAAACCAUUCUGAAAUGCCUUAAUUACAACCUCUGCCAUUAUAAGCUUUCUGACUCUUUUCAUGUAUUUACUAGGGGGGGGGGAAGUUUACCAUCCCAAAAAUUAAUAGCAUCUUAUUAGCAAUUACUCUUAACUUUAUUGAGAACAGAUAAUGCUUUUUCUAAAAGAUAAUUUCACACUUAAUUGGCAAAAAAACCUACUAAACUCCCCUAUCUUUCCAGCCUCCAAAUCCUUUUUUUCAUUACAAGAAUGCAUGUGUGUGUAAAAAGUUUACCAAUUGAUUUUCAGUGUUUAAAAUCUCCUGUUGUGUAGUAGCUAGAACUCUAAAACCAACAAAUCAUCUAAAGCUGAUUAACUGGAGAAGUUAGGUGCAUUCACAUUGAC